GGGCCUCGGGCGCCCUCCGCGGGCCCCGCCCCUUGCCCCUUGCCCCGGAAGCGCUCGCCGGCGGGGACGGCUUCUGCGCCUGGUGGGGAGCGGCGCUUCCUCUCGGGCCGACAUCUUGGCGAGGCAGCAGCGCAUCCCUGCUCUCCGAGUCCCGCGAUGCCGCCCAAGGACGACAAGAAGAAGAAAGAUGCUGGAAAGUCGGCCAAGAAAGACAAGGACCCCGUGAACAAGUCGGGGGGCAAGGCCAAAAAGAAGAAGUGGUCCAAAGGCAAAGUUCGGGACAAGCUCAAUAACCUGGUCUUGUUUGACAAAGCCACAUACGACAAGCUCUGUAAGGAGGUUCCCAACUACAAGCUCAUAACCCCAGCUGUGGUCUCUGAGAGGCUGAAGAUUCGGGGCUCCUUGGCCAGGGCAGCCCUUCAGGAGCUCCUUAGUAAAGGACUUAUUAAACUAGUCUCAAAGCACAGAGCUCAAGUGAUUUACACCAGAAACACCAAAGGUGGGGACGCCCCGGCUGCUGGAGAAGAUGCAUGAACAACAGAUCUCAUCGGCUGUACGUUUUGAAAAAUAAACCUUUAUUAAAUCAGUAA